UAAUAUAAUAGAAGAUAAAAUAAACAAAUGUCACUAUUCUCUUUCCCAAUGAUCUCCACUGAGUUGCUUCCAUGGCUUCCACUACUUUUACUACCACCACUUCUCAUCAUCUUUCUUCUUCGUUCACCUAAAAAUCUUCCACCAGGUCCACCAAGAUUACCUAUCUUAGGAAACAUCCACCAGCUUGGAUCUCUUCCUCACCGUACUCUAAGAGAUCUCUCUCUCAAGUAUGGCCCUGUCAUCACCGUCUACCUUGGAAGCGUACGUACGGUGGUUGUUCACUCUCCGGAGACGGCGGAGGAGGUUUUAAAACUCCAUGACUCGGAGUGUUGCACUCGUCCCAAGCUAUCGAUCGCUAAGAGCUUUUUCUAUGAUGGACUUGGUCUAGGGUUUACUCGAUGGGGUGAUUACUACAGAGAAGUUCGUAAACUCUGUGUUCUUGAACUUUUCUCUGUCAGACGAGCCAAUUCGUUUCGGUACAUUAGAGACGAGGAGCUGAGUCGACUCGUCGACUCGUUGUCUGACUCGGCGGCGGCUGGAUCUUCCGUUGAUCUGACGGCGAAGAUGGUCAAGUUCGUGGCGAGCUUUACGUGUCGGAUGGCGUUUGGUCUAAGUUUUCAAGGGAGUGGUAUGGAUAACGAGAGGUUUUUUGAGCUGUUCACGGAGGCCAACACAGUCAUCGGCAAAUUCGCGGCGGCGGAUAUUUUCCCAGGGUUUGGCUGGAUCAUUGAUCGGAUCAGUGGGCUUGAAUCUAGCCGGAGGAAGAGUUUUAAAGAUCUUGAUACGUUUUAUCAGAAAGCUAUUGUUGCUCAUAGGGAAAACAAGAAAACUGAAGAACGUGAGGAUUUGAUUGACGUAUUGCUCAAGUUACAACGUCAAGAAACCAAAAUUGGUUCUAAUAGGAUCACUGAUGCACAUAUCAAAGCGAUUCUUAUGGAUUUGUUCGUAGCGGGAGUAGACACAUCUGCAAUCAGUAUGGAUUGGACAAUGGCAGAGCUUGCAAGACACCCAAGAGUGAUGAAGAAAGUACAAGCCGAGAUUCGUGAACGCGUAGGAGACAACGGUAUAGUGACUUACGAUGAUCUUGAGGGUCUAGAAUACCUGAAAAUGGUAAUCAAGGAGACUUGGAGGCUACACGCAACGAGUCCAAUCCUGAUUCCUAGAGAAGCAAUGACCAAAUUCAAGAUCAAAGGCUAUGACAUUUACCCUGGAACGCGUAUUCAAGUCAAUGCAUGGGCGAUUGGUCGUAGCCCUGAUGUGUGGAAGGAUCCAGAGGAGUUUAUUCCAGAGAGAUUCAUUGGUAGCAAUGUCGAUAGUAGAGGGACGAGUUAUGAGCUGUUGCCGUUUGGGAGCGGACGCAGAGGUUGUCCCGCUAUGAACGUGGGAUUAAGUACUGUGGAGUACGCAUUGGCGAAUCUUUUGUACCAUUUUGAUUGGAAAGUGACAGAGGAAGUGAGUGCUGAAGAAAUAGCUGGUCUCACUAGCCAUAGGAAGCAUCCUCUUCACCUUGUUCCUGUUAGGGUCAUCAACCGUAAGCUUUAAGAGUGUUGGAAACGCAAAACACAGUUUGCAAUGAAUAAGGAUUAAUAAAGUUUCCCUCUUUGAAUCUUCAGUAUACUUAUGGCUCAACACAAUAUGUAAUUUUAUUUAUAAGUUUAUGUCAAGCUUUCAAACAAUAAUUAUCAUUUACAUUAAUAAAAUUUGGAUUGAUUU